UCUUUUGUUUUGUUACGCUGCUGGCUAACGUGCGUGUAGUCUGCAGAUAAAUUACUACUGCAGAUAUCUGCUGAAAGACGCGCCGCUUCAGGGAUAGAGCCACAGCAAAACACUCCCUCUGAAUAGCCAGUUAAUGUUUGGUUUGUUUUCUAACUUAAAGGUCAUACAGUUAGCACACAGGCCGUAUAUCAGUGCUGCAGCAUGUGGGUGAGUUUGUGUUUGCUGCCCGAGUCUGUGGCACAGCACAGCUGUGAUUGAGCCGUGUUGGAGACGCAGAGCUGCUUGGAGAGUGUCCGUGAGGCAUGGAGGGCCCGUCCUCUCGGUCCGCUGGUACCCGGGAGGGCACGGUGUGCUCUGCGGGCAGGAGAGGCUCCUGUGAGGACGCAGAGACCGACCCUGCUCGGGACAUGAAGACACACUUCCGUGUGUGUCGGUUCAUCAUGGAGACAGGAGUGAAGCUCGGCAUGCGCUCGGUACCCGUGGCCACGGCGUGUGUGUUGUACCACCGUUUCUUUGAGUGUGUGAGUGUGCGCGUGUACGAGCCCUAUCUGGUGGCCAUGAGCUGCGUGUACCUGGCCGGCAAAGUGGAGGAGCAGCACCUCAGGACCCGCGACAUCAUCAACGUGAGCCACAGGUAUUUCAACAGUGGCAGUGCUCCUCUAGAAUGUGACAAGGAGUUCUGGGACCUGAGGGACAGCGUGGUGCAGUGUGAGCUCCUCAUCCUCCGACAGCUCAACUUCCACGUCUCCUUCCAGCACCCACACAAGUAUUUACUCCACUACCUGUUGUCUGUGAGGUCGCUGGUGAAUCGCCAUGCUUGGUCUCGAACCCCUGUCGCCGAGACUGCCUGGGCCCUGCUUAGAGACUGUUACCAUGGACCCAUGUGCAUCCGCCACAAACCCCAACACAUUGCUAUAGCAGCGCUUUACCUGGCUCUGAACAGCUACGGAGUGGAGCUGCCUGUUGGGGAGAGAGAGUGGUGGCAGGUGCUGUGUGAGGACGUGACUAAAGCAGACAUUGACGCUGUGAUCUCUGACCUUCUCCAACUCUACGACAUGGAGGCCAAGUGUAUCUGAAGGACACACACAGGGGACCUGCACACGGGAGACAAAGAAGGAUUGGUUCAUUUCUCUAUGCACGCGCGUGUGUGUAAAUCUGUGCAUGUGAGUCUUUGGCGGGCGUGCAUGUGCUUUGUUGUAUAUGUGUCCCUGCACAUCCGUGUGUGUGUGUGUGUGUGUGUGCUGCCCCAGUUAGCCUGUGAGCUGUGAUGAAAACACAGCUGCACUACCACUUUCAGCCACCUUGGGGAGACAUUUCUUGCUCUGUGGUCUCUGCUCUCCCAGCCCUGCAGAAUGCUGAUGUGCCCUGGAUUAUACAGUCAGGGCCGGGCUUGUCAAAAACAUCCCAGCACGAAGCACAAGCGCUGUUUUCACUCCGCUCUCUUAAAAAGGUUUGUCACAAACUGCUCCGAAUGGAUUUUAAGGAAAGAGUGCUUCUUAAAAUUCAUCACACAGGCGUUAAAAUAUGCAAAUGAGUCCCACGAAUGCAUGAGAAGACAUGGCAGUGGGGGCACUCGGGAUGCUCUGAUGAAGACUUUCCUGAUGAAAAACGUCAGCCUUAUGCUUCCCAUUAAUAAAAAUCUAGUUUAAUUGAGGUUUAGUCAAGAUUCACACUUACACCACAUGUUGUCCCCGCGGAGCAGAUAAUUUGAGUAGAUUUUGGAGCACCUUGCUGCAUAAAUUUGCAUAUUAAUGAGUAAAGGCUGUUUGUUUUUUUAACAGCUACUAUAACACCGUAAUGUUUGAAGAUACGGCAUUCAUAUUAAUGCUGCCAGUGUUCUAUGAAAACGUAUGCAGACAGAAAUACUUAGAGUUAGUGCAUUAGUUAAUAGCCCCAUUAACACAAUUGAUUAUGGUUAAAUCUAUCAUGGUGAUUACAGCAAACACAAGGCAGCAUAAGUGCCUCUUACAUUUGUCAAGUUUUUUUUUUUUUUUUUUUUCGUGGAGAGCCAUCCUUUUCAUUUCUUUGUUGGAUUCCAGUUUCUGCCAGUUGGCCAGGCACCCAAACAGAAGGUUAUGCAAAGACGUGCACCUGCUGUACGUUGUAAUUCAAAUGAUCUGUCUCAAAAACAGUUUCUACAUUGCACCAUUUACAGAGUUGCAUCGGUUCAUUGCUGUUGCUGAGUGUUACUCAUUUGUAUUAACCCUGCAGAGGCUGCGCUAUCCUGUGUCAGAGCUGGGUUAGCCUUGGGGUAAAAUCAAGAUCAGCCCAUUUCAGACUGCACCAUUGUGUAACAGUGUGACAGCUCAGGGCUAAAAGCCCGGAUAGCCUAGAGGUAGCCCAGGCUCUGUAAUGCAGUUGGCACAGGCCUAAGUCGAGUGUGAAAAGAGAAUGAAUGUUAAGGUCACUUUAGGACGCUUUGUCCUCAAUAUUAAAUGAGACCACGAUUUCAUCAUCCCAUUUCCCCAUGUAUUUUUUUCUAUUCUGUUCAUACCUUUUUCCUCCUUAAUGGUGAAAUUGGGGGGGGGGGGAUGUUUUGUCCUGAUGUAACAACCAAAAACCUGUAAUACUCUCAGCAGACUCUCAACACAGACAUCACUGCUGGUAAUCAUCUCAGAGGGGGAGAAAUAUUUGACUGUGUCAUGUGUGUCUGCUAACAUAUUGUGAAUUCUGUUGAGGUGGCUGCUUUUGUGACUGUACAAAGCCUGUCACGUUAUUUUUAGCAGAGCAGCGAUGAAUGUGUUGGAUAACUCACUUUUUUGUCAUUUUAGAAAGAAAAUUAAAAUGUAAAGCCAG